AUUAGUCGCACUUGAGUCGAGUGCAUGUCCGGACACAGAAUAUUCAAAGAGUGCAUUCGUCAUCAAACUAAAUAUUUCACAACACAAUGGUCGUGGCACUGCUGAUCACGUUGGCCUUGCCAGCGCUUCUGCUGUACCUGUUGUACCGCUGGAGCAUCGCCACCUACGAUUACUUCGAACGGCGCGCCGUUCCGUUCCCCAAACCGGUCCCACUCUUCGGCAACCUGUGGCCAUUCCUGGCCGGCAAAACCACCGGCGUUGAAUCCGCCUCGGCCGGCUACUGGCAGUUUCCGGAGGCUCGCUUUUCCGGCUUCUUCAACUUUCGCCGGCCGGGCUACCUGGUGCACGAUCUGGACCUGCUGAAGCGCAUAACGAUCAAGGACUUUGACCAUUUUGUGGACCACUCGUUCAAUGUUUCGCCCGAGGUGGACCCGUUUCUCGGUCGUUCGCUGUUCUUUUCCGAGGGACUUCGAUGGAGGCAUGGCCGGGCCGGACUUAGUCCGGCGUUUACCGGCAGCAAGAUGCGGAACAUGUUUGAGCUGUUGGCGACGUACAGCGAGGGAGCGAUGCAGAGGUUGGCUCGAGGGGGGAAAGUUGAACGGGAGGCGAAGGAUCUGUUUCAACGACUUGGCAACGACGUGAUGACCUCGAUCUCGUUUGGCAUCGAUACUGACUCCGUGCAAGAUCCCGACAACGAGUUCUUCCGGAAUGGCCUUCGAUUAUCCAUUACAUCCGGCAUCCAAGGGUUAAAGUUCUUCCUCUCAACCGUGAUUCCGCCGCAAGUAUUCAUAUUUUUGGGAUUGCGACUGACCCCGCGUGACGUUGCCGACUUUUACGAGGACAUCGUAACGAGGACGAUCCGGUAUCGCGAGGAGAACAACGUAGUCCGGCCGGACUUUAUCCAUCUGUUGAUGCAAGCUCGCAAGAAUGAACUCAAACAGGAGCAAGUGGACGAAAACCUAGCUAGUGCGGGAUUCUCAACCGUUCAAGAAUUUCUUCCGGCAGCCAACCAGGAGAACCCUGUCAAGUGGACCGAUUUGGAGAUCACCGCCGCCGCAGCGUCCUUUUUCUUCGGCGGAAUUGAAACCACCGCAACUGCCCUCUGCUUCGUGCUGUACGAACUUUCCCUAAAUCCAGACUGCCAAGAAAAGCUCCGCCAGGAAAUCGACACCGUCCAAGAAGGCCUUGGAAGCGAUCGACUAACCUACGAAUCCAUGCAAAAGAUGAAAUACCUGGACAUGGUCAUCACGGAAACCCUUCGCCUGUGGCCACCGAUCGCCCUCACGAACCGACGCUGCACCAAGGAGUACGUCAUGGAAAACACCGACGGAACCAAAGUUACCCUCGAAAAGGGCGACACUCUGCAAAUCCCCGUUCAAGCAAUCCAACGGGAUCCACGCUACUACCCAAACCCGCUGCGAUUCGAUCCGGAGCGGUUUUCGGACGAGAAUCGGCACGCCAUCAACCAGGAUGCGUAUCUUCCGUUCGGAGCUGGGCCGCGGAACUGUAUCGGAUCGCGGCUUGCUCUGAUGCAGGCCAAGUGCUUCCUGUACUAUCUGUUGAGCUAUUUUGACGUGGAAAUAUCCGCCAAGACUGAUGUCCCGAUGAAGAUGAAAAAGCGGACGAUUGGGGUGAACUCGCGCAGUGGGUUUUGGUUCCACCUGGUGCCGCGUGUCAAGUAAAUAGAACAAGUUUUAAUAAAAUGUAUAAAUAUUUUAGCAAAAUAAAGAAA